CAGGUAUUCAGCUAAUCAAAAACAAAUCCACAAAGUUCUGAUUAUUUUUUAAUUUACGAAGGCCCAAUUUAUUUUUGAAACAAUAAUUUCGGAAAAACCCAAUUUAAUAUUCCAUGUAAUAUAAAAUUCAAAAAUCAUCAAACCAAUGGGGAAUUCCAACUUGCGAGACAAUUUAAUAAUGAGGUUCGUCUUAAGGAGGCAUCAGACAAAUAAACAAACACCAAUAAGGCAGCAUUAAAUUAUCUACCUGAGGCACGUACUGUUGGGGUUGUAAAAUAUGACAAAUUUCCCCACAUAGGGCGUGGGAAAUUUUAGGGUAAUUUAAAAGAUGUUUACCAUAAUCAUAAUCAUAAUAAAAUUUGAAAAUAAAAUGGGUGUUGGGAGGUUUUGGAAGAGUUAGUUUGAGUUUGAAUCUCGUACAGUAAAGUGUACCUAGAUAUUUUUAGUAUUUUGUCUUUUGUGAAAAAAGUGUUUAUUUAAAAAGGAAAAAUGUAUUCAACCUUGUUCUUGGUGUUUAUUAUUAUUUGCUGCAUUGAUUUUGUUUAUGGUUACCGGGGUAUCCGUCAAGCUUACCCGUCCUGCAGAGAAUCAGGCAUUUGCGUUCGUCUUACCGAAUGCAGCCCCUACAUGAAACUCAUAGCAGGCCUCAAGCGACCUCUAUCCCGUUCCGUGGUACUAUUUUUGAGGAGACAAGAGUGCGGAUUCGAUGGCGUUUUUCCAAUGGUGUGCUGUUUUCCUGACGACGUCGAACAACCUCAAAAUAACCCAGGAGAUUCCGAUUACUCUUCAUCUUACCAUCAGCCCACCGCAUCGAUGCAAUCUGAUGCUGUUCCAUCGAACAACGUGGAAACAUUAUUUCCCACCAAGCCUGAUUUGACCCCUAGUGAUUUAAGCGAUUACAGAUACACGAAACCAAAUAAAUUAUUGGUAGGAGAAUUUUUUGAAACUUCUAGAGCUUCAACCACAACCAGUACAACUACCACAGAACAACCCACCACAACAACAAGAUUGGCUAAAAGGAAAACUAAUAAUAAUCAUAUGUGGAGUUUGUAUGAUUAUUUGCACCCUUCUAGUACACAACCUCCAUUUAAAAAUAUCUCUGCUAAAAAAGACAAGAGGCACCAAAUGAAGAGGAAAAUGAACGCGAUUAAUAAUGCGUUUGCUCUUUCUGCUAUUGACUACUUUUUCGUUAGAAGGAUGGAUGAAACAAAAAAGUCUUAAGGGUUUUUUUAAAAUAGUGCAGAAGCUUUAGAAUGGUGACGUAAUUUUGGACUCACUUGGUGGUUUCAAAAGAAGGAAAUACGAAUAGCAGUGCGUAGAUUGAAAAUCGAGAAUUUUAAAUAUUGUAUUGAAAAGUUUUAUACCUUGUUGAAUUCUAGUCAAUAGAAUAAUUAUGUGAAAAUGAUAAAUAAAUAUAAUAAAAGAUACCCA